AUGGCGCCAGGCGAAGCGAUUGAUGUUUACGAUGCUCUCGGCGCGGUGACCAUCAACAACGACAAGUACCCUCUGUCGUCCGAGCCUAGCGUCUCAGUUGGCCCGUUCUCACUCUGUCUUGAUGCCGAGGUCAAUGUGAGCAAGUCGGACACCGAGCCGUGGUUAUGGAUGGCUGGAGCGACGGUGGUUGACGAGACGCCGAGAAUGGCUCGAGUGGCGUUUGGCAGCGCUGGCCGGCAUACUGUAGGCUCGGCUGCCAAUCCCGCCCGCGAGUUUGUGCAUGUGGGCAUCCCACCGCCGCCGCACGAAGUUUUGACGGUCGGGGCGAGCGGAAGCGGAUCUGAGCCGCGAGUGGCUGGUGUCGGCUCGGUGGUCAACAUCUCUGUGGCUAUCCACGCCGAUGCCACCGGGUUCUACGAGUGGCGCUUUCUCGGUCCGCUCUGCUCCGGGACGGCCUCUGGGCGUAGCGCCGGCUCGAUCGCUCUCCCAGCAGUCGGCUCAUGCUCCAUCCUGCUCCGUGUGGGGAGCAGCUCGUGCGGAGUGCUUGCUACAACUGCGACGGUGGUGGCGACCAACGUCGAUGCCAGCGUGUCGACGACUGAUGCGGCGGAUCCGCAGAUCUUGGCCGCCGGGCAGGAAUGGGUGGUCCAUGUGAUAACGAAAGAGUCGAGCGGCAUUGUGGUCGAUUCGGCGACGGACGUGGUGGGUCUCUACGACACUGCGUUUCCGCUCGCUGCCGGGCCUGUGUCCAGCCAGGUGUGGCUCGGCUCGGGGCAGCACUCGGCAACGUUUGUGUCGACAACACCCGGCGUGUAUCAGCUUGAUCUACGAGUCAACCUGGUGGCGAUGACGCACAACCCGUACACGGUGACUGUGGUGCCUGCAGCGACGCACGGGCCUAGUUGUGUCACCAACGGCGGUGGGCUGACCAAUGCUACAGUCGGCUCGCUCUCCACGUUUGUGAUCGAGGCCUUUGACGAGUACGGCAAUGCGCGGGGCAUGGGUGGUGAUACGAUUGUGGCAACAAUGGUGGCCGAUUCCGGGGCGGCAUCGGUGGUGUGUGUCGAUGGGCGCGAUGGGCGGUACACGUGCACGUACACGCCAGCACAGGGCGGAGCUUACCUGCUCACGGUCAACAUCGAGGGUCUGCCUCUACCUGGCUCGCCAUGGCGGGUCGAUGUGGUCGAGCACUGCGAGCUGGGGUUUAUGACGGCCACGCUGGAAGGCCCGUGCACACUCUGUGCGCCUGGCACGUAUUCCGACAGCAUCUCUGCCCGCAGUUGCAAGGCUUGCCCGCUCCUGACGACCACCGACUCGGGCGCGUCGAGCAUUGCAAACUGCACCUGCGUGCCGGGCUACUAUGAGCCAGGCGGGCGCGCCGGCACUGUGUGCAUCGCCUGUCCGCCGGGCGCGUCGUGUGCUGGUGGGCUGGCGACGCCUGCACCACGGGCGGGCUUUUUUGCUACAGGACCCGAGACGUUUGUGCGGUGCUUUCGGCCCAACGCUUGUGAUGAUGGCGGGUGCGCGGCCGGUUAUCGCGGGUACCUGUGCAACACAUGCGCGAGCGGAUGGUACUCGACCGACGACGGCGCGUGCCGACAGUGCCCCAAGGUGGCGGCCGGCUCGUUCUCGGGCUUUGUGCUCGCCGCGGUGGUGGUGGCGGCGGGGCUUGCAGUAGGAAUGGGCUUUUUCAUCUCACGCGCGGCGUCGCCGGACAACGAAGCUUCGGCCAACCGAGGCGGUGACUCGCUUGCGAUGCACAUACGACGGUUCCGGACCGUGGUCAUGCCUGCAUCACUCUCGAUGACGGUCUUUGCUUUUCAGGUGGUGGGCGCGCUUGGAAGCGCCAAGUACCAGUGGUCGGGCCGGGCGCGAACGAUGCUCGGCGUGUUCAAUCUUGCCAACAUGGGCGUGAGCUUUGGCUCACAGUGUGUGCUCCGCUCGUUCUACGCCAAGUACGCUCUCUCGAUCUUGCUCCCAUCGCUGGUGUGCGUGGUCACCUGCGGGACCCUACUCGCGCUCCGGGCGCUCUCGGGCCGGGUCGGGCUCCUGGCGUUCUUUGCGCCGCUCCGCGACAAGUCGCCGCGGGCACUCAUCGACACGCUUGCGUUUUCGCUCGGGCCGGUGGCGUACCUUCCGCUCUCCAAGCUCGCGCUCAUCAUCUUUGACUGCACCCGGAUGCCAAACGGCAGCUACGUCCUCGAUGCCGACCCCGGCUCGGCAUGCUUCAACGGCUCGUGGUGGAGUGUCUUUCCGCUCGGCGCUGCCAUGGUCAUUAUCUUUGUCAUCGGCAUGCCGGCCUAUUUCGCCGGCAUGAUGUACGCGUCGUCGACGACUCUGUUCGAGCCCGAGACGACGGCGCGACUCGGAUCGCUCUACCGGCUCUACCGCAAGGCGUACUACUGGGGCGAGGUGGCAAACUUGAUCAAGCGACUUGUCCUCGUUUUGGUCCUCCUCUUUGUCUCCGAGUACCAGCUGACACAGAUUGGGCUGCUACUGGGCGUGCUCGUGGGCAACGUGGUGAUUCUCGCGCGCAUCCAGCCGUACUACAACCCGCUGUACAACAACAUCGACCUCUGGCUCCACGCUGGCAUCAUCGCGGUGCUGACGGUCGGCGGUGCGUCGUUCCUCCAGCGGAGUGAGGCCAGGCCGGCAAGCGGUGGCGGCGAGGUGCGCCUCUUUGUGGCGCUGUGCGUGGCGGUGACGGGCCUUGUGGCGGCCGCCAUUGUCGGCAUUUUCCGUGACUGGAAGCACAUUGCGCGAGCGCGGACCGACGCGUUUGCCACGACCGAGGUCCGACACGCGCACAUCAUCGCAACGAUGACGACCGAGCUCAAGGACUUUGAGACCGAUCCGGAGCUGCUGCGUGCGGCAGGCGAGUUCCUCCUCGUCCUUGACUCAACGGUCAAGCUUAAGGACAAAGACGGCGAGAGCGAGUUGUAGCGCUACUCACCAGUCGUCGUCAAAGAGAUUGUCGACACCGACUUCGCCCGGCUGUGCGGCUGCGGUGGGCGCCGAGCGAGGGAAUACAAAGGUAUUAAGGAUAACAGCAACAGCGACAACGAGGCAGUAGUCGCCGGCGGCGAGCCAGAGCCAGGCGUAGGCAGCCUUGGCGAUGGGGAAGAGGCCCAUGACCAGACUUCGUCCGGUUAGGAAGGUUCGUGCCGAAAGCGCAAAGCAGAGCGCGUAGAUGAGCCAGUACAUGGCAAGCGGCGGGAGGAGGAACGGGAGCCGGAACGCAUCGAGCGGUAAGGCGUAAGUCAGAAGCAUGACCGCCAUCAGGA